ACUCCACUUAUUGAGUCGCUCCAGAGUCUCCAAAUUGCUCCAGACUCUGGAUUUGGGCUUCUUCAUGGUGAAUACCAUACAAAACUAUAUGGGAAAUCUGAAAGAAUUCUAAAUAUUUGUAUCGUUAUAUCAAUUCAGACAGGAAUAUGUGGAGGAUAACAGAAGAAGAUUUUAGAACAAAACUUAGUACUGAAGAAAUAAUGUAUUAAUAAUUUAUUAAUAAUUAAUUCUUAACUUUCCUCUCUUGACUCACAAAUAGUGUAGAAUGCGAAUUCAAUGUGAGGGAUAUUUAUAUUUAAAAAUAAGGAGGAACUGAAAGAGACAAUUGUAAAUAAACAACGAAAAUAGAAAGCACGGAAGUGAUAAGAGAAAAAAGACGAAUAUUAUCAAAAACAUUAGUUUUUCGAUUGAUAAUUCGACUGAUAUCGUUUAAUGACUGAUAAAUAUUAUCAGCAUUAAUGGUUCUGGCUGUGGCACAGAUGAUAACAUAGGUGCUUUCCAUUUGGUGAUCAGUCGACACAAGUGUCAUUCAAUAUGUUUGUACUAAUUGAAUGCCGAGAAAAAUAGAAUGAUAUGCCACAUGUGUGUCGAUUUGUGUCACUAAAUUUAAAACAUUCUCAAUUGUCCUCAAUAAAGUUUACUUAUUUGUUGAAGUACUUGUGUUAUAUUCAACAUGGCAACUGGCGAUGACAGACGUAUCGCUCUAAUAACAGGUAUCACCGGGCAGGAUGGCUCUUACCUAGCAGAGUUCUUACUGGAAAAAGGAUAUGAUGUGCAUGGCAUUAUCAGGCGGGCCAGUUCAUUUAACACUGCACGUAUUCAGCAUCUUUAUGAGGAUCCAAAAUGUCAUCGACAAGGCAAAAUGAAACUGCAUUACGGUGACAUGACAGACUCCAGUAGUUUAAUCAAAGUCAUUAGCGCGAUACAACCGACAGAAAUUUAUAAUCUCGCAGCACAAAGUCAUGUUAUGGUAAGCUUUGAAGUAAGCGAAUAUACUGCAGAAGUAGACGCAGUAGGAACAGUAAGAAUAUUGGACGCGAUACGUACAUGCGGCUUAGAAAAAUCUGUAAAAUUUUAUCAUGCAUCAACGUCCGAACUUUAUGGCAAAGUACUAGAAGUUCCACAAACUGAAAAGACACCAUUUUAUCCACGCUCUCCAUAUGCUUGUGCAAAAUUAUAUAGCUUCUGGAUAGUCGUAAAUUACAGAGAAGCGUAUAAUAUGUUUGCAUGCAACGGUAUAUUAUUCAAUCACGAAAGUCCGCGAAGAGGAGAAAAUUUUGUUACAAGAAAGGUGACGAGAUCUAUAGCGAAAAUACAUUUAGGUCUACAGGAUGUGCUCGAAUUAGGAAAUUUAGAUGCAAAACGAGAUUGGGGCCAUGCGAAAGAUUAUGUAGAAGCAAUGUGGUUGAUGCUCCAACAAGCACAACCGGAUGAUUAUGUCAUAGCGACAGGAGAAGCACAUAGCGUGAGAGAAUUUGUAGAAGUGGCAUUCCAAUAUGUAGAUCGUACAAUUAAAUGGCAAGGCGAAGGCGUGAAUGAGACGGGACAAGACGCACAAACCGGUCAAAUAUUAGUUCGCAUAAAUCCGAAAUUCUUCCGUCCAACCGAAGUGGAUGUACUUCUGGGUGAUGCAUCAAAAGCAAGAAACAAAUUCGGAUGGAAACCAACAGUUACAUUUAAGGAACUUGUAAAGGAUAUGAUGGACUCUGACUUAGAAUUAAUGUCAAAAAAUCCAAACGCUUAACAUUAUUGCAUUGGAAUUGUGAUACAAUCAGACGCAUUUAUCAUUUUGUUUACGAAGCGGCAGUAUUGAAAA